AUGAUGAUGAUGACGACGGAAGAAGAAUUCCAAGACCGUAACAACCUGAGCCUCGACGACAUUGAUCUAUCUCUCCUCCGCCUCUCCUCCCCAUCCCCACCUUACUCCUCUCACUCCUCCUUCUUCUCCGACGUUACCCCUGAGAUCAGCCCCUUGAAACGCUCCUCUCCUGUCUCCGACGAGUCCGAUCAGUCCAAACGCAGAAAAAUCUCCCCGCAAAGCCCGAUCUUGAUCAACUCUCCUCUUCGCUUUACUUAUCCGGAAACCCAAUCUUCCACCAUCGACGACCCGACCCGGUACACGGAUCUCACCGGCGGCAAAAGAAGCUGUUCCCACGCAAGCCCUGUUUCCGAGAAGACAGAAACGACGCCGUUUGCUUCCAAGACUCCUGAUACAGAGACGACGAAGAUGGUAAACAAUCGCGUGGAGGAGACGAAUCACGAAGAGACUAACUAUGAUGCUUAUGAGAAGCAGCAGCAGGAGGAGGAGGAGCAAGAAGAAGAAGAAGAAGAUUGUGGAGAAGGGAUGAGGAUAGAGAGAUCUGGAGAUGGAUUCGUAAUUAGAUUGAAGUGUAGAUGCAAACUUGCUUUUAGGGUUCUUUUCUCUGAUCACCACCUCUACUUUAAGCCUCUCUAA